AAGGUGAAAUACAAUUUAUGAUUAUAAAUUAGUUUGAAUGAUGCAAACAUUUUGCUUGACAUAGUAAAAGAAAAUAAUAAAAACUGAGUUGAAAUUUGCUAAAAUUGAAAUAUGGAGUGAAAAUUAAACAACACAAGCGUUAUUUGAGGGUUUGCAUUUUAGUUAACUGACGUUGGUUGUAAUUGUGCCGCGAUUCUCAACAAAUCCCACGCAAUAAUUUAAUCUUUUUGAGAUGUGUGUUCAUAAUUAUAUUUAAUCGUGUUUUUUUAAUUCCCACGCGUAUACUGUGAUUUUUAAGAAAUGUUAUAAAUGAAUUUAGAUAAUGUCUGACUACGAUCUUCAGUUUCAAGCGGAUUUAGAAAAGGCGCAGGCUUUGAGUUUAGAAAGUCUCGCGCUAGAACAAUUUCGAAGGCAGAAGCUUCUUUCUAGCACAGAUAAUGGACGGGAGUUGGGCACUGUCAAUUAUCGUCGCAGAGAGGACGAGGGGCCCCCGCCAGCGCUGCCGCCACCUCCGCGGAAACCACCUCGUGGACGAUCCAAUUCCGAAACUCCAAGGUCAUCUGAGGCGAGUCCCACCAGGGACGAGAGCAGCGACCUGAUCUCGUUUGCAAGUCCAACCAGCAAGGCAGCACCGCAAGAUCCACAUGCGUCACUCAAAGAAUAUAUAGACCAGAUCAACAAACUAGGUCAAAAAACUGAAGACUUGACAGAACAAUCGCCUGUAAUCAUGAAUAAUCAUCCGUACAACCAAAGGCCCGGUUAUCCUUACGCGCCGCAAUACAACUACAACUAUCCCCCUUACAACGUGAUGCCUCCAUAUCCGUCUUCCGCGCCCUACGGCAUGCCAUCACCCAUGCCGAAUUAUUCGUAUUACACGCCGCCCAUAGCUGCACCACCGGAGACGCCGCCCGCAUACGUGCCAGGGAACCCGGCGAUGUAUUCCGUUCCAUACAGCCAAACGCGGAUGUCAGCUCCCGUCACUCCCAACUAUGGAUAUCCACCGGCGUACAAUUACAACACGACGAACAUGAUAUCUCGUCCGCCGAUGCCUAUUUCGAACUUGUACCCGCAGCUGAGUCAGGCCCACGCUUACCCGCCGAACUCGAACCAGCCGCAAAACAAAAGCAACGACACCACACAGACGAUCGUUAAAACGGAACCGUCAAGGGACAGCAUGGACAGUAAUAGCUCGAGGAAAUCGUCUGAAGUUAGCAUAGGGUCCAACGAAUCAAACGACACAGUAGGAAGUCUCCCUAAAUCAAUGAACCUGAUCGACUUUGGUGGUCGAAACCCGAACGGCAGUCAAGGUAGCGUAAGAGUCAGUGUGCUAGAAGCGUUUGAUCCGCUACUAACUGAACAAAGUAAUCCUGAAUAUGCGGUGGGCAGCGAAUGUUCGAGUAGCGUCUACGAAGAGUACGACCCGCUGGAUUUCCUGUACGGGGAGACUGAGAUGCGUGAGACGCCCGUAUACGGUACCGUCGGCAAGCGCGAGCCUGCCGUCAUGCCGUCGCCGCCGCCAAAGGCAAUGCCCUCCGUGCCCGCCGUCGCGCUCAGAUCCACCACGAACAAACUUUACGAUAGCAUAGUUAAGAUCAGAACAAGAAAUUACGACAGCGAACACAAAGCGUUUCUUAAAAUGGCUCUUGACGUUCGAAAAAAGUUCGUGUACACUGAUGAGAGGACGAACCCAGGGCACGUCAUAGCAGCCAGGUCCGGCGGCAAGUACCCGCCCAACACGAGCAUCAAGAUACUAGUUCAUCACGCUCACUCCGAUGAACCCAUCACUUUCACGUCCGAUGUGGAAUCUAAAGUCGAACACGUGAUAUUAACAGUAGUCUGUUCACUGGAUGAAGACAUCAGGGAGGACAUGUCUGGAUAUAUGUUAAGGGUGCGGGGAGCCAAAGAGUAUCUGACGCCCGGCAGCUCGCUGAGCGAAUACGAUUACAUACGCGAGUGCGUGCGCUUGGAGAAGGACGUGACGCUGUGUCUGCACGAAGGGAGGGACAGCACGCUGGCCAGGACCGAGAGGGACGACGCGAAGGACUCGCACCUCACGCUCGACGACCUGUUCCCGGCGCAGGGAGCCACGCCGAUGCUAUCGUUCGAUAAUUUAUCGAUAUUGCUCGAAACUUUAGAAGGCGAGCUGUCGCGUGCUAUCGGUGUGACCAGCGCUGAGGGCAGCUGCUCCCCGAAGGCGGUGUUCCAAGCCGUCAAGGCUAUCUGCGCUCUGGCGGGCGGCGUGGAGACUCUGCACGUCACUCACACGCUCAACGCGUUCGCGCAGGCCUGCACCGCGCAGGGAGCGAACAACGUGGUCCGCCCGGAGAUAGAGCGCGAACAGGGCGCGUACUGCUCGGUGUCGCUGGCGGCGGGCUCGCGGCGCGACUGCGUGUCGCUGCAGGGCGGGCGCGUGCGCGACGCCGUGCGGGCGCUGCUCGCGCUCUAUACGCGCACGCGCCUGCUCGACUUCCGCCUCGCCGACGCGCACUACCAGGCGCCCGCCAACCCCGCCAAAGCAGUACCGGCGCACACAAUAUCAGAAACGACACUGUUUUGUAUAGAGGCGGUGCACUGUUUGCCUCUGUGCUGGAGCCACGACGAGUACAUGUUCCAUGCGCAAAUCUACCACGGAACAAGACCUUUGAAAACAUUACGGUUCACACAAGCUUCGAAGAUUGAAUGCGGCGGGUUUUAUCCUCGAAUCAUAUUUGAUACUUGGCUGAACCUCGAGGAUUUACCAGUAAACACGUUACCAAGAGAAUCUCGUCUCGUUCUGACGCUGCACGGCAGGACGCAGCGCACCAUCGACAGCCAGCAUCCGAACGAGAACAGCCCGCCCAGCAGCCAGGAGGCCGAGGACAGCGGCGACGUGCUGUACGAGCAGGUCGAGCUGGGCUGGGCCGCCCUGCAACUCUUCGACUUUGAUGGGAUGCUAUCGUCCGGUAAUUACGUUUUACCAUUGUGGCCGACUAGCUGCGACCGGCGGACCGGCCCGGCUCCUCAUCCCAUGCACACACCUACAACACCAUAUCCCGUUGUCAAUAUUGAAAUUCCUUUAUACGCACACACCGGGGUCAAGUGGACCAGCGGAGAAGAAGACAAACAGAAGAAUAUAUCUCUGAAGGAUCUUCCAUCGUUCGACAGUUUGGAUGGACACACACAGUCUCAACUGCUACACCUCAUCGAGCAGGGCGCUUAUCAGAGGAUGCCUACAGAAUGUAGAGAGGUCAUGUGGGAGAAACGGCAGUACCUGGUACAGAUCCCAGGCGCUUUGCCUCUGGUGUUGCUAGCAGCUACAAAUUGGUACGGAGACCAUAGAGAACAAUUGAUAGGUCUACUCCGACUGUGGGAGAAACCUUCACCUUUAAACGCUAUGCAUUUGCUGUUGCCUUGUUUCCCGGAUGUCGCCGUAAGAGAAACAGCAGCCAAGCUGUUGAACGAGAUGUCUGACGACGACCUGUGCCGCGUGUUGCCGCAGCUCACGCAGGCGCUGCGACACGAGACGUACGAACCCAGUCCUUUAGCCGAGCUACUCCUCUCGCGAGCGCUAGCGGCUCCGGCUGUUGCUCACAGACUGUUUUGGCUUUUAGUGCAUUCCCUGCCUAAUAUACCACAGGCGCCACAUCAAGAGUUCCUCGGGAUAAAUUUAGAAGAUAAUGCUUCUGAAAACGCCGAAACUGAUGCAUCGAUGAGCGCCUCGUGGCGCUACACGCUGAUGCUGCGCGCCUUACUCGUUAUAUGCGGAGAAAAUCUCAACAAGACGCUGCUUCGACAACAGUUACUCGUCAAGAGUCUGUGCGAGAUGGCGGUGUCGGUGAAGUGCGCGAAGGAGUGCGCCCGCGGACGCGCGCUGUGUGCGGGCGGCACGGCGCUGGCGGGCGCGCUGCGUGCCCAGCCCACCGCACUGCCUCUCGCACUCCAUAAAUACGUACACGAUCUCGACGUCAAAUCAUGUACCUACUUCUCAUCAAACACACUUCCGCUGAAAAUAAAUUUUAUUGGAACAGAUAAUGCAGUAAUUCCAGCUAUGUUCAAGGUUGGAGAUGAUUUACGACAAGAUGCUCUAGUGUUGCAAGUGAUAAAAAUAAUGGAUACAUUAUGGUUGAAAGCUGGCUUAGAUCUGAGGAUGGUUACUUUCCAAGCUCUACCCACAAGUAAUAGUAAAGGUAUGAUAGAAAUAGUGACAGAAGCGGAGACGCUGCGGGCCAUACAAACCGAGUGGGGUCUGACCGGCUCGUUCAAGGACAAGCCCAUAGCCGAGUGGCUCGCCAAACACAAUCCCUCCGAACUCGAAUACCAACGCGCCAGAGACAAUUUCACAGCUUCGUGCGCCGGGUACAGCGUGGCGACGUACCUGCUGGGGAUCUGCGACCGGCACAACGACAACAUCAUGCUGAAGACCUCCGGCCACCUGUUCCACAUCGACUUCGGGAAGUUCCUGGGAGACGCGCAAAUGUUCGGCAACUUCAAGAGAGACCGUGCCCCGUUCGUGUUGACGCACGACAUGGUGUACGUUAUCAACGGCGGCGAGCGCCCGACGCAGCGCUUCCAGCACUUCGUUGAGCUGUGCUGCAUGGCCUUCAACAUAGUGAGGGCGCAUCACGACCACAUCCUCGACCUCUUCGCUUUGAUGUCGCUGUCGGGCGUGCCGGGCGUCACCAGCGCCGCCGUGAGCUACGUGCGCGCCGCGCUGCUGCCCGCCGCCAGCAAGGCCGAGGCCGCCGCCGCCUUCGCCAGGCUCAUACACUCCUCGCUCAAGAGCAAAUUUACCCCCAUCAAUUUCUUCCUGCACAACUUGGCCCAGUUGCGCGCGAGUGGCGACCAAAGCAGCAACACUUCGGAACUGUUGUCAUUCAUGCCGCGAACGUACAGCAUGACCCAAGAGGGGCGGCUGGUGAGCGUGGAGUGCCUGGGCUACGAGAAGCGCUACGACCCGGAGAAGCACUACGUGUACGCGCUGCGCAUCUACCGGCUCGGCCAGGCCACGCCCUCCGUGCUCUACCGCUCCUACAAGCACUUCACCGAGCUCUACCAGAAGAUCUGCCUGCACUUCCCGCUCGCUAAAGUGCACAGCUUACCGUCCGGCCUGCACGUUGGUCGCUCGAACACUCGGCAAGUCGCCGAACGUCGCUUCGGUGAUGUCCGGGCCUUCCUGACCUCACUGUUCAACCUGGCUGAUGAGAUAGCUCACUCCGAUCUAGUGUACACGUUCUUCCACCCGCUGCUCAGGGAUCAACAGGACGUGGAACCUCAGAGGUUGAGAAAAGGCGAGAGCACGGAGCCGGAGAGCAGCGGGUCGGGCUCGCUGAAGGUGUCGGUGCAGUACGCGGGCGGCGUGCUCUCCGUGCUCAUCCUGCACGCGCAGUCGCUGGCGCUCACGCCGCAGGGGGCGCCGCCCAACCCCUACGUCAAGGUGUACCUCGUACCGGACCCUACGAAGGAAACGAAACGCAAGACCCGCGUUCUAAAGCGCAACUCGCACCCGUCGUUCAUGGAGAUGCUGGAGUACCGGCUACCGAUCGAAGCGGUCAAAAACCGAAGUCUCCAAGCCACAGUCUGGCACUACGAUUCGCUGCAAGAGAACCAGUUCUUGGGCGGGGUCGUCAUACCGCUGAGCUCGCUGCCCCUCAGACAGGAGACGGUGGCUUGGUACCCGUUGGAGUACAUACCCCGGUAGUUAAUACUGGCCCGCUCGGCCAUAUGGAGCACGGAUUAUUUCUGGUGAUUCUCGUGAGAAAUUAACGGUGAAUGAACAUUUUUAAUGAUAAAUUUCUAAUGAAACUCGCAAGUAUGUAACGAUAACAAAAAAAAACGUGUUUUUAUAUCAUUAUUAUUAAUCGAUAUUAUUAUAUCGAUAUCGUACGAUAUAUCGAUAUAGUGAACGUAUUAUAGUUGAAAUUGUAGCGAAAUGAAUUACAUAAUCUUUAGCAUUUUUAUAUAUAUACACUUAGAACUAUUUGCGUCUAGCUGUGUGUUGAACAGUAAUUAUAUCGUUUUUUUUUUUAAUUAGCAUCGAUAAAUUCAAUAUAAUAAUUUUUGUGGUAGGUAUUAUAUCCAUACAUACAUAUAUUAUCUAAAGCAAUAAACAAAUUUUACUGAAAGUAUGUAAUGCAAUGGAAUAUAUAUGAUUUACUGUACUAAUCAGGAUACUGAAGCAUGUUUAACAAAAUUAUUAUCGGUGCCAAAAGCUUAGUCGAUCUUAAAUAUCGACUUGAAAUUAGGGAUGUGAAGAAAAUUGUGUUUUGUAGUUGAAUGUUGUCGAAUGAGCUUUAUCAAAGACUUUCCUUGCAAAUAGUUAUUGGAUUUGACCUAAGUCGUCAAUAAUUUCUGGGGACGUAUUUUUGUUAAAUAAUUAUAUGCAUAUCAUAUAGGAAUGUAGGUCGAAGCUUUGUAGCUUUGUAUAAUCUAUUUUUAAAUCGGCUUUUAUACUGUAAAACAUUCCAACGAGUAAUUGAUAUGUAUGAAAUUUAUUUUGCUAUAAAUUUUAAAAACUUAUUUUUGUCUACACCACUUUUUCACAAAUGCUCUAGUGCUCCCUUUGAGCAAAAUAACUCCAAAGCCCUAUAUGUACUUCGUAAGCAAUUUUAAUAUGAAAUAUCAUAUAUUAGAAAAUAAUAAAACUUCAUAUUUAAUUGCCUUUAACUAAUUAAAAUAAUCAAUGAUAAGUAAGUAAUAAAAUAAUAAUAAUGAAAUGUAAAAUGAAUAAAAAUUAGUGUGAUGGUUCAGAUUAGGGAUCAUAAAAAUGUCUGCUUUCGCUUUCGUUAGCAUGCAAUCGCGACACUUGGAUUAUCAUCUUUGUAUAUCUUAUAUGGCCUUACUUAUAUAACCUUUAUGAACAUUAAACAAAUCAUAAUUUUUUUUUAUAAAAGUAUCAAUAUUCUCACUCAUAAACACGAUUUAAUGAUUCAUUGUAUAUGUCAAGGAUUUAAGUAAUUGUAUAUUUGCUAAGAUCAUCACCACUAAAUGGCUAAGAAGAUAGCUUAUCUGGUUCACAUUUUGUCCAACUAAUGUAGAUAGGUAGGUACCACCACCCCGCCUAUUUCUGCCGUGAAGCAGUAAUGCGUUUCGGUUUGAAGGGUGGAGUAGCCAUUGUAACUAUACUGAGACCAUAGAACUUAUAUCUCAAGGUGGGUGGCGCAUUUACAUUGUAGAUGUCUAUGGGCUCCGGUAACCACUUAACACCAGGUGGGCUGUGAGCUCGUCUGUCUAUCGAUGAUAUAAAAAAAAAAAAACAGCAGUCACCCCAGACGGUCCAAGCCACACUAAACGAAUAUUUGUCGUCACGUUUGUAUAGAAGUAGAAAUAGUGUGUGACAGGAAUAAAAAAAAAAAGUUAAACAUUUCUAUAAUACAAUGAACAUCACAAAUCGAAUUGAAGCUAAAAUAAUUUUUAAAUAUGAAUUUAGAAACUCAUAUUGGUGAUGCUUUAUGAAUCAUAAAAUUAUAAUUAUACUUUGUAAUUGCUGUUGUUCAAUGCCCAAAAAAUUAUACACACGAACACAGAUCAAUUACAUUUACAAUCGCAUUGUAGGUCAACAUUAAUGAAUGAUUUUUUUUUCUUCAUAAAUAUGUUUUUGUAAUUAUUAUUUUAUUAUUUGAAUUUUGAGAUCUGAAUGUAUAUAUGUAUUGGAAUAUAGUUGUGAUUUGAGUAUUAUUUAUGAUUGUUUUUUUUUUGUUAGCAAAUGACAUUAUCACUUACAUACCUGACCGCGGGACUUUUUUUUAAAUCUUUUAUGUCCAUUAUCACUUUUUUGUAAUCUUUUGAUUGUUUUUAUUGGAAUGGGAAACUAUUUUGAUCAUAUCGCUGCUUUUAUUAUCCUAUCAUUUUAAUGUGUAUUAAUGGAACUGUUUGUUAUUAUUACAAAUACGAGUAAGAUUAUAAUCACGAAAUUGUACAAGAGAAAGCAAAAGCAAGACCAAAACGAAGUACUUAUAUUGACUGUUAAAGUAACCACUAUAUAUGAAUGUUGUCGUUCUGCUAAAUAUUCAUUCAUUUAUCCCAAAAUUUUAUAGGAGACAAAUUCUAAUAAGUCGAACUUUAGCUGAUUUUUAAUUACCGUAUAAAGCCAACAAAAAAAAAACAUUUUUUAACCGACCUUACAAAACGAGUCGGUUUUAUAUGACUGACUUUUUAUAUAUAUGUUUUGCAAUAUCUCAUUUUUGAAUUUUGAAUUUUAAUUUGAAGAAUAUAUUGUCAAGGUGGGCCUGAUGUUAAGGUUAAUUAAUGGAUCUAUUUCGCUUUGAAGUCUUGUUUUUAUUACCCUCUUAAUUAUAUUUUUUUUUAUUUUUUUUUGUCGUCUGAAAGGGAAAUAUUACCAACCGGUUUUCAGGAGCGACCAAUACUCUGUUUAAUUUAUACAAUCGCGUCUUGUGAAUCAUCAAAAUUAUUGUCAUUGUCUUAUAUAUGAAUAAACUGAACUGUAUUUACUGCAUUACAAUUAAAUGUAUCGUUAAUUGCAAAAUAAAUGAUUCAUGUAUUUUCGGUUAUAUUAUUUAAUGAUGAGAAAAUGUCUCUCUCGAAAAUCAGUCACAAUACUGUGUGUUUUGCGAUUAACGAUACAUUUGUUCCAAACGGGCACAGUUAGUCAAUGAGGAGCUUGUUUUGACUGAAUUAUUAUUAUUAACGUGAAAUGUGUAAAUAAAUAAUAGAUUUUGUAAUAAAUAUCUUAUAUAUAAUCUUAAAUAUAUAUCGCCUCUGGGCCUAAUCGAAUCAUAAUAAAUAGUUUGGCUGUUGCGUAAUAUAAAAUAAAGCUCUGUA